GUAUGUGCAAGGAAACAAGAGGUACUCUCACGAGUUCUAAUGAAAACGUUGAUGACACAUGAAUCUCUCUCUACACAAAAGUAUUAUUCUCCUAGUCUUACUAUAUUAAGACCUUGUAACUGUAAAAUAAUAGUAGAACAUCCUUCCAUACACAGGGCAGUGCAUUUAUGACUAUAUCAAUUAACAUUUCACCUUGCUUGCUAUUAAACCCACUCUGCCUCCCUUCAAAAAGAGGAAAUUCUCUCUUCUUAUUUUCCACAUGGAUCCUCCUGCUAGAUCAGAGGCAUGUCUCUCUGAAACUUCAAGCUUGAUUUCAGUUUCAAAUGCCCCCUCGUGUCUAAGACCCUCAUUAAUAAUGGAGAGCCAGAAGGAGGGAAGAAAGCAACUUGAAGAAGAUCAAGAAGCAGAAGAACAAGAGCCCCGAGAAGGGGGAGACACCAAUCAUGAUCUAGUUUUGGAUCUAAGCCUCUCCAACAAGGAUUCCAACCAGGAGUCAUCAAAGCCAGAACUCAAUCUCAUUGAUUCUUUUGAUAUGAAUCCAUCAAGUAAGUCCUUGGAUGCUCCUCAAGGUAAUGAAACCGAGCCUCGAGUGUUUUCAUGCAACUAUUGCCAAAGAAAAUUCUAUAGCUCUCAAGCACUUGGGGGUCACCAAAAUGCACAUAAGAGAGAAAGAACACUUGCCAAACGUGGACAGAGAAUUAGUGAAGCUUCCUUUUCUCUUCUUCGACCUAAUUAUUCACACCAAAAUCGAUACACUAGCUUGGCUUCUCUUCCUUUGCAUGGCUCCUUCAACAGAUCACUUGGAAUUCAGGUGCACUCUAUGAUCAAUAAGCCAUCCAACACUAGCUCUUCUUCAAAUAUUUACGGGCAAAAUGGAUGGUCUAGAAAACCCAUUGAUCGACAACCUGAAAUCGGGAGGCUUGAAUCAGAGAAGUUUCUGAUGGGAAAAAACAUCAGUGGAUCAUCAACUAUUAAUGGGGUUGCAAGAUUUGAAAGUGCUCGAAGAUUUUCUCCGGUGAUUACUGAAGGAAUUGGUGGGUUUUGGUGGGAGGUUGGUGUUAACCAUUUGAAGGCAAAACAAGAUGAUCUGCAAAAGCUUGACUUGUCACUGAAGCUCUAAGCAGCUCUUUCUUGAUUUCUUUUUGUGUUUUUAGUUCAAUCUCUUAUGUUCUUCCUUACUAUUUCUUUCUAUUUUUUUUUCUUCUUCUUACCUUUUUUUAUUCCUGCUUGCUUACUAAAGAUAUUUUUCAUCUAUUCUAGUAUUUUUAGUUGGAUCUCUUGUAAAUUCCUUUUUUUUUUUUUUUUGCCAUAGAAGAAUGUUAGAGAGUUUGUUUUCUUUCCCAAUUCUUGAAUUCGAAGUUUGCAUAUAUAGUCUUUAUGUCAAAAAAGAAGAAGAAGAAGAAGUUAUUGAACUUGGAAGUUGCUUAAUUUGUGCUACCAAGUCAUUUUGUUCAAAUAA